GUAAUAGUAUUUGAAGUUUGGGAAAUAGGGCGAACGGGGCAAUGCCUUUGGAAUUUGGAAUUGGGGAAUUUGCAUACAAUUAGGUAUCUUGAGAACCUCUGCUAGUGUGAGUUGUUCAAAUCCGCCGCCGUUGGUGUAGUCAGUAUUCGGCCUUUCGGCUCAGCUCCAGGGAAUUGUGAGUUUAUUUAAGUAGCUGCUAAAUUGAUUCUCAAUCAAAGAGUCAGAUGGCGAUAGCAGGGGCAGGGCAGCUUAAUCUGAACGAGUCACCCUGCUGGGGAUCAAGAAGCGUCGAUUGUUUCGAAAAGCUCGAGCAGAUUGGAGAGGGUACCUACGGCCAAGUUUACAUGGCCAGGGAAAUAAAGACCGGUGAAAUUGUUGCUUUGAAGAAAAUACGCAUGGACAACGAGAGAGAAGGAUUUCCCAUAACAGCUAUUCGUGAAAUUAAAAUUCUGAAGAAGCUCCACCAUGAGAAUGUAAUUAAGCUCAAAGAGAUUGUUACUUCUCCGGGUCCGGAGAAGGAUGAGCAGGGGAGACCAGAUGGUAACAAGUAUAAAGGUGGAAUUUAUAUGGUUUUCGAAUACAUGGACCAUGAUUUGACUGGCCUUGCUGAUCGACCUGGGAUGAGAUUUUCAGUUCCCCAAAUUAAGUGUUACAUGAGGCAACUUCUUACUGGGCUUCACUAUUGUCAUGUAAAUCAAGUACUUCACCGUGACAUCAAAGGCUCAAAUCUUCUUAUAGACAACGAGGGUAACCUCAAGCUUGCUGAUUUUGGUCUUGCCCGUUCAUUCUCAAAUGAUCAUAAUGCAAACCUUACAAAUCGUGUUAUUACCUUAUGGUACAGACCUCCGGAGCUGCUUCUUGGAGCAACCAAGUACGGUCCAGCUGUUGAUAUGUGGUCUGUUGGUUGCAUCUUUGCUGAGCUCCUGCACGGGAAGCCUAUAUUUCCUGGAAAAGAUGAGCCAGAACAAUUAAACAAAAUAUUCGAGCUGUGUGGAGCACCAGAUGAAGUCAACUGGCCUGGGGUUUCUAAGAUUCCUUGGUACAACAACUUCAAGCCAACAAGGCCAAUGAAGAGACGUCUCCGUGAAGUUUUUAGGCAUUUUGACCGUCAUGCUUUGGAAUUGUUGGAGAGGAUGUUGACUCUUGACCCUUCUCAGAGAAUUUGUGCCAAGGAUGCCCUUGAUGCCGAGUAUUUCUGGACUGACCCAUUACCGUGCGAUCCAAAGAGCUUGCCUAAAUAUGAAUCAUCACACGAGUUCCAAACCAAGAAAAAGCGCCAGCAACAGCGACAACAUGAAGAAAAUGCAAAGCGGCAGAAACUACAGCAUCCACAACCUCAUGCUCGGCUUCCGCCAAUUCAGCAGUCUGGCCAAGCACACGCACAAAUGAGGCCUGGACCUAAUCCACCCUUGCAUGGUUCUCAACCUCCAGUUGCUACAGGGCCUGGCCACCAUUAUGGGAAGCCUCGUGGCCCUGCAGGUGGGCCCGGAAGGUACCCCGCAAAUGGAACAAGUGGGGGAUACAAUCACCCAAACCGCGGUGGUCAAGGUGGCGGGGGUGGUUAUAGCAGUGGGCCAUAUCCACCACAAGGACGGGGGCCACCAUAUGGCUCAAGUGGUAUGCCUGGUGCAGGUCCAAGGGGUGGUGGGGGUAGCGGUUAUGGAGUUGGAGCUCCCAAUUACUCGCAAGGUGGGCCCUAUGGAAGUUCUGGUGCUGGACGUGGGUCUAACAUGAUGGGUGGAAACCGGAAUCAACAGUACGGGUGGCAGCAAUGAAGUUGCGAUUUGAUGAUGUAUGAAUGUAAUGAAUGAAGUUGUGAUUUGAUGAUGAUGAUAUUAAUGUAAUCAAUGGCACGGUAUAAAUAAUUAAAGAAGUAGCAGCGUGUCAUGUGUAUUUUGUCGUCAAAGGUUAAAACUGAGUGAGAACUGAGCAGAGAAGCACUGAUGAUGUUAGCCGACGCCACUAUGGAAUUGAUUGCCAAAUGCCAAUACAUUACUGGUUCUGGUUUUGGUUCGGUUGGCAAGCUGCCUCCCCUUUUACUCAGCUUUAAAGAAAUUAUUUGCGACUUUGGGUUUUAAUGUUUUCCGUAUGAUUAUACCUAUACGUGACAUUAAUUCAAUUGAGUUCAAACAAUUUUUUUUUCUUUAA